GCUACUACCAGGGUGCAGGGGCAGGUAUGGCAUGGGGGGCAUCACCCACCAGCCAAGCAAGACCCCAUUCUUCAUAGCCAGCCCUGCUGCAGGGUGAGGACCCCCAUCCCAGAUUGGAUUAUCACUGCUCACUGCAUGGGGGUAAUGGGACUAUUGGUUCUGACAAUAUCAUGUUCUGGAUAUGCUAAUCUCAGAGCUGUCUACACAUGUAUUAACCAGGAUUGGGAGAUGUAACCCAGGGAGCCAACUGGAACAGAUUCUGCGACAUAAUUUCUGUCCCGCAGAGCUUACAAUCUACAGUCUGUUUUUAGGAGAUAUGCCCAUCCCAUGCUGGCACUGCACGAGUCCUCCAGUGUGCACUCACCGAGCUGAAGGGUGAGAUUGGUUGCAGUUAAGUGGGCACACUGCUGAGUCCAGAGACAGUUCUAAUGAUAUGGCAUUGGCAUCCAGGGCUACCUAGCAUGGCGAGCUCAGCAUGCUUUGGGCUAGCAUGGCAUUGUCUGGGUCACUGCCGGAGCCCUUGUCCAGGAGCAUAUUUAGGAAGUUUGUGGUGAUGCUCUGCUCCCUGCUCAUGUCCCUUUAUGUCUUCUACUGCCUGGCAGAGCGCAGCCAGAGCCUGCCUGGACCCAUCAUAGGGGGCAGCGAGGAAGAGGAGCCUGGCUUCCUGGACCUGGCCAGCAUGCAGUCAGGGAAGAGGAAGAGGCUGCUGCAGAGGAUGAAGGAGCAGAGGGUGAGGCUGAUCCAGCGCUCCCCACUCAGCCACCUCUUCCCUAGGAUUGGGGUGGCUUACUCUCUGCAAGAGGAGCCCCAUGAACUGGCAGAGGGGGACAGUACCCUCACCCCCCUGGAGGAUGGCAGCAAGAAGCUCCCCCAGGCCAUCAUUAUUGGGGUGAAGAAAGGAGGCACCCGGGCUCUGCUGGAGUUCCUGAGAGUGCACCCCGAUAUCAGGGCGGUGGGAGCUGAACCCCACUUCUUCGAUAGGAACUAUGACAAAGGACUGGACUGGUACAGAGAAUUGAUGCCAAGGACGUUGGAUGGUCAAAUCACUAUGGAGAAGACUCCUAGCUACUUUGUCACCAAGGAGGCCCCGGCUAGAAUAUCUGCCAUGUCCAAGGAUGCCAAGCUCAUAGUGGUGGUGAGGGACCCUGUAACUAGAGUAAUCUCUGACUAUACACAAACCCUCUCCAAACGGCCAGACAUCCCUUCAUUUGAGAGCUUGACUUUCAAAAACAGGACUACAGGUCUCAUAGACACGUCAUGGAGCGCCAUUCAGAUCGGCAUUUACGCCAAGCACUUGGAGAACUGGUUACUAGACUUUCCUAUGGCUCAGAUCCUCUUUGUAAGUGGGGAGAGACUCAUAACAGACCCUGCUGGGGAACUUGGACGUGUUCAGGAUUUCCUGGGCCUUAAGAGGAUCAUUACCGACAAACAUUUCUAUUUCAAUAAGACUAAAGGCUUCCCGUGCUUGAAAAAAGCCGAAGGGAGUAGCAAACCUCACUGUUUAGGGAAAACAAAGGGUAGGAUCCAUCCCACUAUCAACCCGGAGGUGGUGCAGAGACUGCGAGAAUUCUAUAGACCAUUCAAUAUGAAGUUCUACCAAAUGACUGGGCACGACUUUGGAUGGGAUUCUUAAAAAGAGCAAUUAUAAAAAUACGCUUCUAUUUUUUUUACACAUCACAUAUGUAUUUGGAAAACAAAUAUUUAGCAAUCGUUGAAAAAGUAUUGUCUUCCCAAAAAUAGAUGUAUUGCAAUCAUCUCCUAACCUCAUUAUACUGGAUUUAUUUUGCUCGAUCUAAUUUUGACACUCAGACUUUCAAAACGAUAAUGGAUGAUUGGACUAAUUCACAUACAAAGGUGAAAAAUCUAUUCAGUAACAAAAACUGGCCAUAUUUUACCAGUGAUAAUGAGAAAGUUACAGUAUGUUUUUGGAAAAUAAAUAUUUUAGUAAAUGUAUAAGCUACAGCAUCUCUAGACAAAAUAACCCUCCAAAUCUUUGGUCUGUUUUUAAUUUAUUUUUUACAGGAAUUAAUAUGAUUGUACCCACCUUUCUCCAGACAGCAACUUCAUGUUCCGUUGACAUUUUCCCAACAUAAUCUUUUGUAACCUUUUUUUUCCCAUCUUGUACCAUCCCAGCCACAUGAGAUCUUAAUAGAGCUUGUAAUACACGGACCACUAUCCCGUUCAGGAAAAUGUAUUAUGUUUAUAAUAGAAUGUAAAUCAUCAAUUUACUGAACGUUUUUUUGUCCUAAAUCAAAUAAACAUUUCAACAUUAAUCCUGAAUGUUUACCUCUAUAUAUUCAUUAUUCGUGUUCAAUAAAUGAAUUAGGGCA